CUUCUUCAAUUGAAAUGUCUUCAAACGCAUCUUUCUUCGCAUGCUGCUGACGACCUUCCUCAUCUACUCCUUCCAUUCCAUUCGGAUUUUCCUCUUGUCACUUCGCCUUUGCUUGUUGUCGCAGUCUUCUUUUGCCUCAACUCUUCUGUCCAGUCAUCCAUUUCUCAGUGUUUGCGCCAUGGUCAAAGCUAUCAGAGGCGUCGUUGUAGAAUGCGAUACGUCCGUUAAACAGAUCAUCCUAGGCCUGAAUGAAAAGGGCCAGUUCAUUAUCGAAGAUCUCGACGAUACACAUGUCUUUGUCGAUGCAUCAUGUGUCGAGCAGCUCCGCUUUGAUAUUGACGAGAUCCUGAACGAGAACACCUACAAGGUCGAGGAAUCAAAGUAGACCUGACGUAAAAACAGUGAAGCAAAAGGAAACUGAAUAAAUACAAAGCAAAACAUCAU